AUGUUGAACGGCGAGAAUACGUUGAGCGAGAAUAUUGCUGACAACGGAGGUCUCCGAGUGUCGUACCGGGCGUUAGAGGCUUACAUGUGGACACACGACGAACCCCAACGACUGCCACACGAAUUGUGUGGUUUUUGGAGAAGUGAGGCAUUGAAGAGCCAAAUGGAGUCAAACCCUUACAGUCCGGCCAACUAUUGGGUAAACGUUCCGCUCUAUUACUUACAGAGCGUGCAUUUGCGCUUUAAAUCAGUCAAAGAUAAGUUAGUCUUAAUUACUGGCGGCGGCAGCGGUUUAGGCAGAGCACUGGCCAUACGUUUCGCUAAACAGGGCGCUAAUGUAAUCGUUUGGGACAUCAAUAAGAGUGGUUUGAAUGAGACGGUAGAGCUGGUGAGAGCGGCAAACCCGGAGGUCAUAGUCGGUUCAUAUGAGUGCGACAUUACGGAAAGACACCUGGUCUACGAGACGGCGGCCAAAGUAAAGCGCGAUGUGUCGGCCAUCGAUAUACUGGUCAACAACGCAGGUGUCGUUAACGGCAAGAAUCUGAUGGACAUUCCAGAUGAGAAGAUUAUACAAACGUUUCAAGUGAACGCAAUCAGUCAUUUCUGGACAGUGAAGGCUGUGUUGCCCGAUAUGAUGGCCGCAAACAGCGGUCAUUUGGUGUCGAUCGCAUCGGCGGCCGGAACAACUGGCUUGUGUCAGCUCACAGACUAUUGCGCCUCGAAGUUCGCUGCCGUUGGCUUUGAAGAGUCGCUGAGGUAUGAGUUGAUUAACGCUAACAAAUUAGGCGUAAAAUCGACAGUAGUUUUGCCUUAUGUUAUAAACACCGGAAUGUUUGCCGGCUUUAAGUCGCCAAUUCUGUCAGCACUGGAGCCUGACUACGUGGCCGACCAGAUCAUGGCCGGCGUUCUUACCGAUGCCGAGUAUGUGGCCGUUCCUCGCAUUUUCUAUAUAAUCAACACAUUAAAGACCAUUUUGCCGGUCAAAGCAUUUUAUAAGGCGUACGAAGUUUUGGGCGGAUAUCACUGGAUGGAGGACUUUGUCGGACGCGAACGCACUAACCAUAAUAAUUAG